AUGACAAAAUUUGAUCCUCAAAAUAGAAUGGAACAACUAGGCAAGGAAAGACGAAUUGAUAAUAAAAACGGUCUAGUACCAAUCAUGGAGCAAGAUAUUAAAUUAGCCAUCACAAGGAAAUAUGCCGGUGUCUUGCUACUUCGUUUGCAUAAUUCUGGAUAUGGGUUACCUGGUGUUUACCAAGAGAACAGUUCUAUGGGGUGGGUUUGGUCGCGGUCUCCCUGCCGGUCAAUGCGCGAGCUCAAGCGCACGCUCCGCGAGUCUGCAGAGACUGCCAGACUAGCUGUGCGCGACCUCAACAUGGCGAAGGCCUCGCGUGGGUCUGACGCCAGCGUCCGCCUCGACAGAGACAACGGCGACCUCAAAAGGCUCGGACCUGUGCGCAUCGCUCUUGAUGUAGGCCAUGGCGCUGCCCAGUUUCUGGAGCGAUGCGGACGAGGUCAAGCUCCUUGCAGCCGCCGCCGCCUUCCACAAGCGUACCGAACGAUCCCCGCACCGCUUGAAUGA